AUGUUCUACACUCACUUCAAGCGCGGGCCUCUGGCCAAAAUCUGGCUUGCAGCGCAUUGGGAGCGCAAAAUCACCAAAACUCAUGUGUUUGAAUGCAAUUUGGAGAGCACCAUCAAACACAUAAUUUCCCCGCAGACAAAGAUCGGCUUGCGGACUUUUGGCCACCUACUCCUGGGAGUAGUGAGGAUAUACUUCAGAAAAGCCAAAUAUCUACUUGCUGACUGCAAUGACGCUGUUGUCAAAAUUAAAGUAGCCUUCAGACCAGGAAAGACUGACAUGCCUGUUGAAGGACUGGAGGCCACACUUAAAGCCAUCACGUUGAUGGAGGAUUUCACUGACUUCGAUUCCCAGCUACCAGACACAAAUAAAUGUAAUGUUGUGGACCAUUUUUUACUGAAUCAGUGCCGAACAGAGGACAUCACCCUCAAAGAGGAUUUUGGAAAUAGCUUUCUCACAUUUGAUGACUUUGGUAAGGGUGUGAUUGAGACCCAGUCUCACCAAGGGGGCAUGUUAGAUGUGAGUUACCUGAGCCUGGCCCAGCACGGAGAUGCUUUUGGCGAUGAGGACAAAGGCAUUGACAUCUUGGACUUCAUGGCCAGUUCCAGUGAGAAUGCUUUUUUGAUGGACCUUUUCCCAGCCGAACCACAAAAUGUGAUGCCAGAGAUUGCCCCCAUGAACAUUAACCAAGAAGGUCGUCCAGACUCUUCUACAUCUGUACCCAUGGAGGAGGAUCACCCUGUCCUGAAUGAGACAACUCCUGUCCUGAAUGAGACAACACCUGUCCUGAAUGAGACAACACCUGUCCUGAAUGAGACGACGUUGGUCAAUGAGGAGGAGGGCUUUGCUCUGGAGCCUGUCGCUGUGACUCCGACCUUGGAGAGGAAGAAGGGGAAGAGGAGAAGGAGACUGGUGGUGGACCAGGCCAAGGAGAUGUCCAACCAGGCCAUCAGGGAGCAGCUCACUGACUACUCAGAUCUCACCGCCCCACUGGACAUAGCCCCACCCACCCACCAACUCAUGCAAUGGAAAGAGAGUGGAGGGGUGGACAUUCACCUCUGUGCCCAUGUCAUUCAUCCACACCUUCAACAGCUCUAUUCCAGUGAUGUGUUUCGGGGGAAAACAGAUCGAGUGGGCAAUGAAGAUGACCGUGAAGAGAUGAGACAGGAGAGACAUGAGGUGGAAAGCGACGUGAGCGACCUGCCCAGUGAGUUCAGUGUCCUGCAUGAGACUAUGGAUCCUGAGAGAAUGGGACACAAUGUGGAGCUCACUCCUCUGCACCACAAUGGGACUGACAACCCACCUGAGGACGUCUGGGACACAGUACAUGUGACAGUUGGUGGAAAUGAAAUUGCUGCAAUGUGCGAUGAUUGUGUGUUGUGUUAUAACAAACUGGGAUGGGAUUUUCCCUGCUUUUCUGACAUUUAUCCUUUAUAUAAUCAAUCCGUAACUGACCUAUCCCCUAUAAAAAAAAAUCAGAUUUUUCUAUGUUGUCCUGAUGACAUCCCUAAACAGAUUCAGAGCAGCAGAAGCAACGCCAUGUUCAGCCUGCAGAUGCUGUGUGAGAGGAACAGUCGCUCCCAGGCCUCGGCUACCUUCUUUUGCCUCCUGGUGCUGAAGAAACAGCAGGCCCUGGACCUGCACCAGAGCGAGCCUUACGCUGACAUUAUAGCCACACCUGGACUCAGGUUCUAAGAGGUGAAGACACCUGCUAAUUGUGCCUCAUUCAUAGACUCACUGCUAUCUGUCAAUAACUGCACAAAACUCCAGCGGUCUAGACACCCUCGUCAUACGUCUCAUAGCAUGGACACUAAUUAAGAACUGAUUACACCAAUAAAUAUUAUUUGGAUAAUAUUUAUCAAACUGGGUUGUGAUAUCCAGCACUAAUGAGAUAGUUAUGUCACCUCUAUGAAUCUCCCAGGACCCAGACCCAAGUCACUCCCUUUGUGAGAAAGCAGGGCCUGCUACAAGACAUAAUUUGCACAGGGUUAACAUCUGAUUUGUCUCAUUGGGUCAGAGUAAAUGUUUUGGAAUGUUCUGUUGUUUUGUUCAGGAGCUUUAGGUUAACUUUACUUGUUUGAAUAAGAUGGUUUUGUUCAUUAUGCCGACAGACUAGGAUUUGUUGGAUUUACCAAUUUCAGUAAUUUAAUAAGCGUAGUUUUAGUUCAGUGUUUUUAAUUAAGGAAUUGUUUUUAUUCUUAACGAUCUGUAAGUAUAACAGUGAAUUUUAUUCAAUGAAAUGUAUGAGCAGCCUUCUUCAAUGUUUGUAAAGUAUGUAUUUCAAGUCUCAAUUAAAAGAAGUAGAAGUUCA